GAAGAGUAUUCGAGUGUGGGAAGAUACAUUUAUACAUCAUACUCCAGAGGUAGCUCUCAGGCUCGCCCUUUUUGGUGCUCUCGUUCUGUGUGUGUGCAGUCCUUUGGUGAAGGCACUGUACCAUCUCGUCGUAGCCAAUCGUCGUUACUUGCAAGCUCAAACAUUUCCAGUUAGAGCAGAAUGGCUUUGCAAACUGAAAAUCCUCCUGCUGCUGCUCCCACUGCUCAAUUGGUUGGAAACGCUUUUGUCGAGCAGUACUACCAUAUUCUUCACCACUCACCAGAAUCGGUCCAUAGAUUCUAUCAAGAUUCAAGUGUGCUAAGCCGGCCUGAUUGUAAUGGUGUGAUGACCUCAGUGACCUCCAUGCAAGGUAUCCAUGAGAAGAUUAUGUCCUUGGAAUACAAAGACUAUAAGGCAGAGAUAAAGACUGCAGAUGCUCAGAAGUCUUACAAGGAUGGAGUAACUGUGUUAGUAACUGGAUGUUUAACGGGCAAGGAUAACUUGAGAAGGAAAUUUGCACAAUCAUUUUUUCUUGCUCCACAGGACAAUGGAUACUUCGUCCUUAAUGAUGUUUUUAGGUAUGUAGAAGAUGAUGAACCUUUGGAUGACCAUGCCGUUAAUGGAGUUGAUGAUGUGACAACUGUCCCCUUAAACCCUGAUCGAGUUUUGUUUGCAGAGCCAAUUCAUAUUUCUGAUCCUCCUGCAACAAAUCCGGAAACUUCUACUGUAGAAGAGGAUCAAAACGUUGUUGAGAAAUCUCAUGACCCAUCCCAGCAUGAGAGACAGUUGGCUACUGAAAAAGAGGCUAUUCCACAACCUAAAUCUCAUUCAAAUGGUAAUGAUGUUUCCACAGCUGUAGAGUCAUCUUCUUCUUCAGGCCAAGAUGAUGCUCCCAAGAAGUCUUAUGCAUCAAUUGUUAAAGUAACAAGAGGAAGUUCAGGGCUUACUAAAGUUUAUGUACCUACUAAUACUAUAAAGGUGGUUUCUAAAACACCGGAGAACCUGACACUUGGGUUGGCGGUACCUAAUUCAGUUCCUGAAGCAUCAGCUCCAAGUAGCGUUGGUACACCUGAAAGUAGCAAUACUCAAGAGGAAGUAGAGGGCUACUCCAUCUACAUUCGAAAUUUGCCCUUAGGCGUGACGGUUGAGCAGCUUGAUUUGGAAUUCAAGAAAUUUGGACCCAUCAAGCAAGGAGGUAUCCAAGUCAGAAAUAAUAAGCAACAGGGAUACUGUUUUGGCUUUGUUGAAUUUCAUUCUUUGAGCUCCAUGAAUAGCGCAAUUCAGGCUUCACCCAUCACCAUUGGGGGGCGAAAGGCUGUUGUUGAAAUAAAGAGAACUACCACUCGAGUUGGUAGUAGUGGAAGAGGUAGGUUCUCUUCUGGAAGGGGAGGUUAUCGUAAUGACAGCUUCAAGAGCCGUGGGAAUUAUGGCGGUGUCCGCAGUUUUAGUAGAAACGAUUAUGGAGGCUGGGGUGAUUUCUCUGGUCGAGGCAGGGGACCUGUUGGGCGUGGUGAAGGUUAUCAGCAAAGCAGAGGACGAGGAGGCCGUCCCAGUGGACCAAAACAAAAUGUUUCCUCAUGAAACUCGAUGGGGUGAAUUUUUGUCAGCCUUUUUUUGACAAAAUUGUAUCUAAGGUCAGUGCUAGCAUCAAAUGACUGAAAAUGAUUUAAUCAUACGACUCAAUGAGAUAGUUUAACUUUGGACUCUCCAGUUGGAGUGAUAUUGAGACGUAGAGGCAUUUUCUGUAGUUUAGGGUGUUAACUUUUUCUUUUUUUUUUCCUUCCCUUAGGUAAAAGUAUUUAGGGUGCUUUUUCCCCAUUGGGUAUAAAUGUAGCUUUGCAGAAUCUGCAGGUCAUCCUCUAGCUCCAUUAAAAAACCUUUGACGUUACUGCAAUGGAGGUUUCAUUGUUGUAGUUUUUGGUAGUUGACGGUUGAAUAGAUGGGAUGUUUUCAUUAUUUUUUUCCCCUAAUCCAUCUUGAUUGAUUGGCUAGAAUA